CAACCUGAUGUGUUGUACCUGUUGUGGGCGUGUCUAAGUGUUAGAGGGCGGGGAUUCCGGUGGCGGGGUGAGCACCUCCUGCCAACUACGUCACAUCAAAUAAAUAAAGAGGAGCGAGCCAGACUUACAUUAGUGGCCCUGUAGAUCAUGUGUAGUUCAUUUUCUUUAGUGUUUAAUAGGCUAGGCUAGAAGAUAACGGCGCUGUUACAUUUGCUUCCUGACGUGAUGGGACAUCCACAGAACAGAAAUGAGCUGAUUUCAUCCUGCGUGGGUUGUGGGCAUCAGAUCCUGGAUCGCUUCAUCCUGCGGGUUUCUCCUGAUCUGGAGUGGCACGCGCAGUGUCUGAGGUGCGCGGAGUGCCACCAGUAUCUGGACGAGUCUCGCACCUGCUUCAUCAGAAACGGGAAAACCUUCUGUAAAGACCACAGAUUAUGCAGCAGUAAAUGUGCAGGAUGCCACAAAGCCUUCGUCAGAGAGGAGUAUGUCAUGCGAACACGAGUGAAUAUUUAUCACAUCCAGUGUUUUCGAUGCGAGAGCUGCAAUCGUCCGUUACUCCCUGGAGAUGAGUAUGUUCUGCGGGACGGUCAACUGCUCUGUAUAGACCAUCAUGAGUGUUUUAACCAAUUAAAGUGUGCAUCAAAUAACCAACAGAAGGAGACUGCUGAUCCAUCUGAGGACAUGACAUCCUCAGCACCCUGGUCCUCGAGGUCAGAGAGAGCCACUCGCGUCCGGACGGUUCUCAGCGAGUCCCAGCUCCGCAUGCUCCAGACCUGUUACAGUGCCAACCCCAGACCCGACGCCCUCAUGAAAGAGCAGCUCGUGGAAAUGACGGGCCUCAGUCCUCGGGUCAUUCGCGUCUGGUUCCAGAACAAGCGAUGCAAAGAUAAGAAAAGAAGUGUGAUGAUGAGACCCACACAGACGCAGCUCGAGGGCCGUCCGGCAAGUGAGCAGGUUUCAGAGGAUCUAAUGCUGGCCAGUCCCGAGAGCCAGGACAGUGACAUGAUGACACAUUUCCCCCCAUGGAAACUACUAACCGACUUUAUUCUGCAAAAGAAUGCUGAUUACAGAUCAUACCAGCAAUUGCUUUCUUUACCAAAGGAAGGUCCUUGUUCUGCUGGAAGUGAAGUUGUGUCAAUAUCGGCUCACUAUCCAGACACACCCAACAGCCUGACAGCAAGUGCCACAGACAUCAGCGAGUAAACAGAGUCUCCCUGCAAUAGGAGGCUGCAGUAGGACCACAGUCCCAGGACCCGUUUUUUGUAUGUACUAGCAGUUUAUACUGUUCAAUUUAUAUUAAUACAUUUCAGAAAUGGUUUAGUUUUUUAAUUAUUUAUAUUUAAAGGUAGGGCAGGGUAGGUUUU